UAUCGGGAAAUGACUGUCAUCUUUCGUAAGACGUUUUAAUACUACCAUCCCAUAUAACCCGGGCUAACGUAGCUUCUAUAGAACAUAAUAAUGUCCGCGUUGAUCACACUAUACGACAUGCCGACCAAAGAUCCCGAUGCACCCGGCUCAUCGACGACGUGGCGUACGAGGUAUUCCCUCAGCAUCAAGAACCUGGAAUUCCAAGUCGUCUGGGUCGAGCUUCCCGAUGUUGAGGCUCUAGCAAUACGUAUCGGAGCUCCUCCCACUGGUGUCAAGCCAGAUGGGAAGACGCCACUCUACACUAUACCCAUCAUCCAGGAUCCAUCUACUGGUGCCGUGAUAUCAGAGUCUGCCGCUAUCGCAGAAUACCUCGACAAAACUUACCCCACCUCCGGGCCUAUGCUCAUUCCUGUAGGCACGAAGGUUCUGCAACUCGCGUUCCGUGAAGGCGUAGCGGAGAGCUUCGUUCCGACGCGUCCGUUCUUCUGGGGCGGCGAAAUAUUGAACGAUCCGACGAAACUAUACUUGAUUAAGAGACUGGAGGGGUUGGGAGUAGUCGUGAAGGUCCCAGAGGGAGAGGAGAGGGAGAAGCAGUGGGCGAAAGUACAGGCGGGACUAAGCAAGAUUGACAAAUGGCUCCCGAAGGAAGGCUUCGAAUUCGUUAUGGGGAGCGAACCAUCCUUUGCGGAUGUUGUUCUGUGUGCAUUUCUGAGGUUUACGAGGGGUAUCCUUGGAAGGGAGAGCCAGGAAUGGAAGGAAAUGGCGAAUUGGCAUGAUGGGAGGUGGGGAAAAUUAAUGGACAGGUUUAGUCGGUAUGAGUGAAAAUGGAACCCUAACCCUAGCAUCUAUUACGCCUGAUGUCAAUUUUAAUGCGCUUGAACAUUUCCGAACCUCAGCCGUGUUCGAGUACCGAGGUGGCCUUAAUGAAUACGCGAGCAGACGGACUCUGUCAUGCUUCAAAUUUAAUCAUAUCUUGAUCUUGUCUGCACAGAGAAGUAUUGCUCGUUGAGAUUUUUCUUGCUUGCCAGACUCGUACUAGGCUUGGUCGUCUUCUUUCGUCGACGAUAGCCAUAGUAGAAGAGAAGG